GUACGCAGCACCCAGCGUCUAUUCCUUUAAAUAUGCGCGUAAUCAGGGGCGAGGGUUAGAGCGUCGUGUGGAGGUUCUCUCGGUACUCGCUAUCGACACCACCUGCUCUCGUCCACCUCUCUCUUGCUCCUCCUCGCUCUCGUCUCCUCUGCGGGACACAUCAUCGCAGCGUGUGGCCACGACGGUCUGAGCCUCCUCCGCGGGCGGAUACGGAGGCCAAUCAUGGAACCGGUGCGCGCUCUUCGACCGAUGCCGCUGCUCGCCCUCGUGGCGCUGGCUCUGACUACCGGGUGCCUGGCGCGGUGCUUGGUGGACAGAGGUGAGCCGUCGACGACCACGGUCAAGACGCCGAGACCGGAGUGGUUCAAGAUGCUCAGCUACGACCCGUCCCUCCCCGAGCCCGUGGUCCCACGGGUACCGACCAAGCCGCCCACCACCCCCACCACGGGGGCGCUGACGAGGGUUGCACCGAGCAAGGGAGCCCCGCACGGUGAGCCACCCAAGGAGGAACCUCCCAAGGAGGAGCCAUCCAAGGAGGAGCCAUCCAAGGAGGAACCACCCAAGGCUGAUCCACCCAAGGCUGAUCCACCCAAGGAGGAUCCACCCAAGGCUGAUCCACCCAAGGAGGAACCACCCAAGGCAGAUCCACCCAAGGCUGAUCCACCCAAAAUUGAACCACCCAAGGAGGAUCCACCCAAGGCUGAUCCACCCAAGGCUGAUCCACCCAAGGAGGAUCCACCCAAGGCUGAUCCACCCAAGGCUGAUCCACCCAAGGAGGAACCACCCAAGGCUGAUCCACCCAAGGCUGAUCCACCCAAGGCUGAUCCACCCAAAAUUGAACCACCCAAGGAGGAUCCACCCAAGGCUGAUCCACCCAAGGCUGAUCCACCCAAGGAGGAUCCACCCAAGGCUGAUCCACCCAAGGAGGAACCACCCAAGGCUGAACCACCCAAAACUGACCCACCCAAGGCUGAACCACCCACAGCUGAGACGACAACGACUGAGCCAUCCCAGAAAGGGUCAGCCAAAGAGAAGUCACCCAAGAAGGAGUUGACCACCACGCAGUCGACCACCACUCAAUCGACCACCACUCAGUCGACCACCACCAAGCCAUCCACCACGCAGUCGUCCACCACUCAGUCGACCACCACCAAACCAUCCACCACUCAGUCGUCCACCACUCAGUCAUCCACCACUCAGUCAUCCACCACUCAGUCGUCCACCACCAAGCCAACCACCACGCAGUCAUCCACCACUCAGUCGUCCACCACGCAGUCGACCACCACCAAGCCAACCACCACUCAGUCGACCACCACUCAGUCGUCCACCACCAAGCCAACCACCACAAAGUCGACCACCACUCAGUCGACCACCACUCAGUCGACCACCACUCUGCCUCCCAAGAAGAAGUCAUCCACCACUAAGUCAUCCACCACUCAGUCAUCCACCACACAGUCGACCACCACACAGUCGACCAGCACCAAGUCAUCCACCACUCAGUCGACCACCACACUUCCGAGUGAUCCGCUAAACAAGAAGGCGGUUAAACAGUAAAGAAGAGAGAUAGGAGAGAGAUAAGAAAUAGCAUAGAGGUAAGAGAUAGGAGAGCCGACGGAUAGGAGAGACGAGAGAUGAGAGAAAGAUGUGAUAGGAGGAAGAUGCGAGGAAGAGAGAGAGAUAGAUACGAGAUAGGAGGGAGAUAAGUUAUAGUAGAGAGAUAAGAGAUAGCAAAGAGACACACUAUAGAAGAAAUAUAAGGCACAGAAGAGAGAGGGAAGGAGGGAGAGAGGAGAGAGAGAUAUCAGCCAGACUCAAUCAUUUGGGGCAAACCCUCUGCGCAAAUAAGUCCAUUGCAGGGGGGGGGGGGGGAUCGACAAUCAAACAAAAUAACGAGAAGAGAUUUUUUUAUCGAAUUUGGCAACAACAACAAAAAAAUUCAAUAUUACAAGAGCCCCAUUGUAAGUGGUGAGUACGAGACGGUGGUGGACCUUGAUAAGAAACGUCACGAAGCAGUCGUUAAAGAUCCGCGGGAUGGCCGAGCCCCCUCUCCUGGUUGAUGCUGGAGCGACGGCGCUUUUUUUUUCAUCACGGCGUCACGAGUCGCGCGCGUCACCACCCAUCCACGACGCAGCGAAAAAAAAAAAAGUCCAAAUUUGCCUUCGAUCAGAGAGUCAGUCACCAGCCACAUCGGCCUCGCAGCUGAUAUUUUAACGGGCCAAACGAACGGACGAAAUCCCAAUCGAACCCACUCGGAACGGACGAAUUAGCUCGUUCCGUUCCGAGUGGUUAUACAAACAUUCUGACGGAGCAGCGGUCCGCUGAUUCGGUCUAAAACUCAACAGCUCUGCAACAAAACAGCGCAGGGUCGCACACGGGAUAGGCUGCGGCAUUUUCGAACUUUAGUUUCUUUGGGACCCCUUUUUUUUACAGUUUAUUUUUUUGUUUGUGUGCAUGUUUUUGCCACAAGUACGUGUGGUGGUUAAUGCAGACUUGAUAGGCCUUGGCAUAGGUGUUGUAUAUUUGCUGUUUGAACAUCUGAACGCCUCCUGUUUGAUUGCCAGAAAGGGUAAAAGCAUAUUCUUACUUUUUUCGAACUUUAGUUUAAACAUUUUUUGGGACUGGCCCAAAAUCUGUGGUUUUUCCUCUCCAAAUCAAUCCUCCUUCCCUCCCUCCCUCCCAUUUGCUUCUUUGCAUGGUUAUUUCCCGAAUUAGCCGCGUGCAUUUACAUAGCUAACCCGACGAAAAUGGAAGAACGUGAUAUUUAACUAAUGUAAAGCUUAAAAAUCACAUCCCGAUCCAAUGUUUACACCGCAGUGAUUCAAUAAGAACACGAUGUUACACAAGGCAUAGGAAAGAUAUAAACAAGAGGUAGGAGACGGUAAAGAGGUAGGCAAGGUGUGAGUUAAGAGAGAGAGAGAGACAAGACAUUGAAUAGAGAUAGAAUAUGAGAGAUAACACGAGAGAGAAACGAUAGGAAUUAGAUAAGGGCUAGGAGAGAGAUAGUGGAGAUAGUGGAACGUGCUGAGACACGGGUGUGUGUGACGAUGGGCAUGUACCAACAAUUAAUCAAACUUCGAAAAUAUAUUCUUAUCCGCAUGAUGCAUGCAUCGAAUCGUGCUUCUAAAUAGUCGAUUAUUUCUCCUUUACUAUGCAAAUCGUAUGCUUAUUAUAUAUUGCCGGCGUGGGGCUGCGAGGUGCCGUAUGUCUCCGAGUUCGCUGGUUUCCUACCAAACGAAGCCAAACAAAGGCGGGAUGAUACAUCCCUCGCCCGCUACGCAGUAGGUUAUAGGUUCGAUCCCGGACCCAUACGAUGCCUCAUAUAUAUUUGGACUUCGCGUGUUUUCCUUCCCCGUGGUUACGAGGAUUUGUCUCCGGGUCCUUCGGGUUUGCCCUUCACAUUUAGAAACGUGUGCUUAUGUUGUUUGGCUGCUGCUUUAAAUUCCCACGUGUGACGAUGAUGAUGAUGAUGAUUAUGAUGAUAUCAGCCAUUUAGAUGAGUUAUCAUCACGUAUGACCAGGGUCGCCUUCGACACAGAGCUAAUAGAUCAGUGGGCCUUACCUGAUAAAAUAUAUUUUACACUAAAAAAAUGUAAUUGGCCAAACGUCCGAAUGUAGCAGGGCCCUCCUGAAAAUACAUUUUGAAACUCAGCGAGGCUGCUCCUGUGCAGAUAAUUGCUAUCACUAUAAUGAUUAAUCAAGACCAUUCGUUUAAUUUAGCAUUCCAUAACAACAAAAAUAGCAGUUGCAUUCAUGGGCAAUGUGCAGCACAGGUAGUAUAAGAUUAACUUCUCGAGACUCCAGAGAGUUCGGCUUUGGUACGAAGAGGUGGGCGAGUCAGGAGCAACGUCUGUGUUAUUAUGCAGGUCAGAUAGCUGCAGGCGUUUGAUCAAGAUUAGUAGAAAAGGGCCUCUUGUUUUCAAACCACAGAUACUUGCAAAGGGCGCUCGGAAUUUCGUGGUAGGAUAAGGUCGAUAAUACAGCAGUACCGUUGGCAGGAGAGCAUCCGAGACGUUAGCAGGACGAGGAGGGGCUUCUGAUUGGCACACGUGCGCAGGGAUGGAGAAGGGCAUGCGACCUGCACAGCUGUUUGAAUGCCACCCAGAAGGUUGGCGACCAAGUGGAAGAGACCUCAAGUCAGGUGGCGGCGAUGAUGGACGCUGUGAGAGUGACCUUUGGGGGUGGACCUGUGGAAUGCGUAACAAAGGGAAGACCUAACGCCAGAUGGCGUGAACGAUCAGACUGUGUGAGAGAGAGAUGGACCUCCGAGGCCGGGUGUCAACUUUGCAAAACCGCUGCAGAAUCCGGCAUGGGGCAGGAAGAGAUUGCGAAGUGGUGAUGGCAUAAACGGAAUUGUUUGUCCGCUAUGAUCGCUAGAACUUGACUUUGAGGGAGGGGUGUCGGGAGGGGUGCAUUGUUCAUUAGGGGGUAAGGGAGUGAGAGCUGAGCUCCUCUUUAUGCCUCGAGUUUCCUGUCUGGUUGCUGGCUGGGCUCCUGUACACUCCGACAAUGACUAUGUCCAUAAUACAGGUUUUUUUUGUGGUUAGAUCGCGUAAAUAUAUAAAUGUGUCGUUCAACCCGCCACCAGCCGACACAGCCAACUAGUAACGGGGGUUGUCACAUAAACAAAACGUGCUAAUUCGUUACACGUACAGCACACAUCGGUUGUGUGUCGGAGGGCAAAGCCACAACAUUGACAAUCUGUCGGGUGGUGCCGGGUGGCGGGUUUCACGACACAUUUAUAUAUUUAUACGCGAUCUAACCCAAACGGAAGCCUGUAUUAUGGAUGAUAUUGGUCGCGAAAGCCCAACCACGUGUUAAGAUGCCGGUGUCGUUGGUCGUGGCGGCUGUGGGUCAACGCCACAGAAAACUAAGCUGAGUAAGUAGCAACUGGCCGAACGGAGUUUUCCGUGUAACAAAUAAACAUUGAAUUGAGAAGUUCGGAAGGCGCAAUUACAAUAUCAAUAAUAAUUAUCGAUAGCGACACCAAAAAAGUGUGAGUAACGAAUACAGAAGAUUGACCACGAUUAAUUUCAAAUUGCUCUAACUCUUUUUUUCAAUCCGUGCUUCUUAUCAAUACAACUCUUUCGCUAGAAUGUUCUUAAAAUCCUAGGAUGUAUAUAUGAGCCCACAACACAUAUCAGGAUGGUGAGAAGGGUAUGAACAUGACAACUGUAAACAACAAUAAUCACACGCACCAGUUGCUGUUAACGCCUGCACUGUGUGUGGCACAUCCAUGUUGUCAAUCCACUGCUGGUUUGAGGGCCUCCCCACGCCGUGAUGGUCGUGGGGGUUAUUUGACCAUACUUCACCACGUUAGUCAGUGCGGGUUGGUGAAGGUGGGGCAUCUUCCUCGACAGAGGGGAUAGGGGCGUAGAAGUACAGUACAACAAUGGACAUCACUGCACCUCCCUCUGCUGUGCUACAGGUUGUUCCAAAGCGCGGUGUCCCAAACGAAUCCUCCCGAGUCCACUCGUUUCCAUAUACGGGUGAAGUAAGUCGUUACACGCUGACCGCGCCUGAUGAUUGUGAAACACUUUCCACGUGAGUUACGUAGAGUGUGUGGAGCGGCGGUGUCGUGAUUAUCGCACCUGCGCCUACUACGCAUCUGGCAAUCUGAGUUAAAUUCAUCGUCACGAUCAACAGCGGCGAAUUUCGAACCGGUCCUGGGCCUCCCCCAGGUCGACUCAGCCUCAAAUGAGCACCUGGUGUGGUGCGUACACCUCGCCACGAGGGCGUGGUGCUGGCCACACGCCCCCCCCCCCCACCUCGUGUGCCGUGCCGGCCUUCAUCGAUGCUGGCGAACAGCACUUACCCCAACAGCCUGUUAAAGGCUAUGCGGGGGGGGGGGGGGGGAUUUUGUCUUUGUGUUGUGUAUCCCCCAUGUUGGGCCAGGUGUUGUUAGCGAGCACCUAUUAAGGGCAGCACGGCACACGAGGUGGUGGUGUGGCCAGCCCCACGGCUGGCAGCCUUUGUCCCCAACAGUCUACGUAGGCUAUACGCGGGGGGGGGAGGGGGCUGCGGGGAAAUCAUUGUCUUUGCUCCACGUGGCUGAAGAAUUCGAAGGUUAGCGGCGCUCCCGACGUCACUCAGGUGGGAGGUGCUUCACAACCAUCGGGCUCGUGUAGCGUGCAUACCGAAUUGAAUCGCAUUUGAAUGGAUGUACACCGGCAGAUUCGAAAUCACGCACUUUGCUGGGUCGCGAGAAGCAUCGGUUGCGGAGACCGAUUUAUUUGAAGGCAUAUUUCACGAAGAAGUCAACGCAACGGGGUACUCGUUCCCGUGUCUCUCGGCCUUCAUUGCGCUCCCGUGAAGUGACGCUAACAGCAUGUUGUAACAAAUGUCCAGGAUCCAGUGAAGGUAACAAUUGAAAAACAUCUGAUAUUUAACAACAACAACAACAACAAGAAUAAUUAGAUGUACACAAUUGAUAUCGCUUCACACGUGCACUACUCAUACGUUAUUCAUAACGAAAACUCCCGCGAAUAAAAUAGGGCAUUGUUACCUGAUCUGCGGAUUCGAACCCGUGUCAAACGAGGUUACCCAUCCACCUCACCCGCCCCCUCCACCCCACCCCACCCCAUCCCCCCACCCGCCCCCUCGGUCGCAGAGUCUCCUGAUCCGACCUCUGCACCCCCCACCACCCUUCACCGGUGCCUCUUAGCCAGGUAGCUGUCACUCCCAAACUCCCACCCCACCCCCACGCAUCCAUCUCCCGCAGUGUAUAAUUGAGCUGUGUGCGGUGAGCGAUUUAUGUAUUGGCUGUGUGUUCAGAUCCGGUUGUCCAUAGAGUUCAAAUGCCGCUAUCCUUGGCUCACUUACUUCGCCUUGCGAAAUGAAUCUCUCCUGUGUGCUCACCCUACCCGGAUCUCGGUACACAAACCGCGACUCAUCCCGUGCUGUUGUUUCACUGGAUCGCCUCCUUUACAUCAGAGAGGAGGAAGAGGUGGUGGACGAGUGUGGGCGGUGGAAGAGUUGGUGGUAACGGGAAGCUCUGGAGAGAGAAAGUUAAAUUAAAACGCCAGAGUGCAUUUGAAUUUAAAGUACACAAGAAUGAGAAGUUAAUUUCCCACUGAGCUAAGGAGCUCGUAUUCAAGGGCGACUCGGCUGGCAUACAACAUCAAAGCAUUCCCACAAAUGGAAUUGUAUGUACGUACAUACGUACAAUGAAUAGCGCUUACAAAUUAUGCAUUUACAACACAGGAGUAACGUUAAUGCGUAACAACACGCUCAUAGGUCAGGAUUUAAACACACAAUCAAUGAUAAAAAAAUAGCCAACCUUUCAUCAUGAUAAUCAUGAUAAUCAUCAUCAUCAUCUUCAAUCAUCCUUAAAUCCACAUGUUUAUUGAAAAAUAUACCUGCUGUCGGAAUGGGCUAUCAUUGAUUUAUCAUCAUCACCAUCAUCAUCCUUUCCAAAAUGAUCAUCGCUUAUUUCCAACGUCGUUAUCAUCAUCUUAGCCUUUGCAAAGGUCGAGGAUUGUGCAAUCAUCAUCACAUUUAACAUUACCUAUCGAUCAUCAUCACCACCAUCAAGGCUUUCACAAAUGGUCUGCGGAUUGCGCCAACGUAACAUCAAAAAUGAUCGUUGGAUCAUCAUCAUCAUCAUGAUUCUAAUCAUAUUCAUCCCUUCCACCAUGGGCUCUGUGGAUUGUUUCCAUGGUUCGUGAUGUCCCGACAUCAGCAUCGUCCCGCGCGCCAAUCUCACACCGAGACUCCAAGUCCCGAUUGGUUCUCUCUCGCCACGACUCCAGACCUAUUAUUGAUAAGCGUUCCGAAUUGGAUGGAUGAUAAGCAAAAAUGCGGCUUUUAUUUACCACGGAGGGAAAUGCUAUCACUGAAUGGAGUAGCUUAGUUGCCAUGCCCCCCCCCACCUCCCGCGCAAUUAAUUUUAUUUCGCACUCCUAUCGGCGUUUUUUGUUGGUGCGAAGUUUGUUGAUGUAACUCGCUGACCCGCCCCCUUACUGGACAUCCGUGAAAAAGGGCUUAGUAGCUCGUCGGAUUCCUCCAGGAUAAAGAUUGUGAUUCUGAAUAAAAGUGCCCCCCGGAGUAAUUCCUCCCUUGUCCCAUUCGACUCUCGUCAGUCCCGGUGCAGUUGCACCGCCUGCACGCUUGAUCGCUACUUCAUCGGUUAUCAGUAAAGUUGUCGGGGUUGUUGUUGUUGUUGGUGGAUUGAAAUUUUGUUGUUGUUGUUGUUGCUCUGGACACCCACGGGGUUUAAGGUGUCCGGUUGUGGCUCGGACCCUGGGGCUUAUACAAAUCGAGCGAUCACAUUUGUGCCUCUGGUAGUUCUAUAGAUGGGUUUUUGAUGAGCAGGUAGUCUGGAUUUUACGGGGGGGGGAGGGUAUC